AUGUGCUUACUCUUGAGAGCCCAUAAUUGUUACUUACGCCUGGAUCUUUGGAGAACUACUAGAACUUUACGUAUUUUCUCGACAACCACACAUAAGAAUAGGUACACUCCGCCCAAGUUCAAAAUCAAAGAGGGCCCCCACAUGGCGACCACGACAUUAAAGGGCAAGCCCUUCGAUCGACAAACUUUUGAUUCUAUGCUACGAAGACGCAUGUUCUACACUCCAUCUUUCGAAAUUUACAAUGGUGUAGGCGGUCUUUUUGACUAUGGUCCUCCAGGUUGCGCAUUACAAGCUAAUAUCGUCGACUUAUGGCGCAAGCACUUCGUGCUUGAAGAAGAUAUGUUAGAGGUUGAUUGUACAGCGCUAACGCCUGAGGAGGUUCUUAAAACAAGUGGGCAUGUAGACAAGUUUGCUGAUUGGAUGUGCAAAGACCCAAAAAAUGGCGAUAUCAUCCGUGCCGACCACUUUGUAGAAGAGAUUUUGGAGGCCCGAUUGAAAGGAGACAAAGAAGCAAGAGGAUUAUUAGAUAACGUGAAAAUAGAAAACGUUAAGUCUAAAAAAAAGAAGCUCAAAGGCACUGAAGCCGUAAGACUAGAAGAUGCUGUCAUUCAAGAAUACAAGGAAAUUUUGGCAAAGAUAGAUAACUAUGAUGGUCCCGAACUGGGGAAUCUUAUCACCAAAUACGAAAUGAAGAACCCAGAAACUGGAGUCCUGCCAUCAGCACCGGUUGCGUUCAAUCUAAUGUUUCAGACCACCAUUGGCCCAAGCAGUAAUGCUCCAGGCUACUUCCGUCCAGAAACAGCUCAAGGUCAAUUCGUUAAUUUCGCAAAGCUACUUGAGUUCAACCAACAACAGAUGCCAUUUGCCUCAGCGUCCGUUGGCAAGUCAUUUAGAAAUGAAAUAUCACCACGAGCUGGUCUACUUCGUGUCCGAGAGUUUCUUAUGGCUGAAAUAGAGCAUUACGUUGAUCCAGAAGGUGGGAAAAAACAUGGCCGUUUUCAUGAGGUCAAAGAUGUUGAGCUUGUCUUGCUGAACCGUGAAACCCAGCUUGCCGGCCAAACUGAUGUUAGAAAAUUAGCUAUCGGAGCGGCAGUCUCUAAUGGAACUGUAGACAACGAGACAUUGGGUUAUUUUCUUGCCCGGAUUCAUCUCUUUUUGAUGAAGAUCGGCAUUGAUAAAACAAAGAUUCGCUUCAGGCAGCACAUGGCAAACGAGAUGGCUCAUUAUGCCACUGAUUGCUGGGAUGCGGAGCUUCUGACUAGCUAUGGUUGGAUUGAAUGUGUUGGGUGUGCUGACCGGAGUGCCUAUGAUCUUACGGUACAUGCUAAAAAGACCGGUGCGCCAUUGAUGGUACGAGAAAGAUUAGAGACUCCAAUUUCAGUUGAAGAAUGGCAAAUUGAUCUAAACAAGAAAAAGUUUGGGCCGUACUUUAAAAAGGACGGUAAGGUUAUCGAGGCGGCGAUUGAGGCGACUCCUCAAUGCAAGCGCGAAGCCCUUGCCGAAGAACUUAAAGCUAAAGGCAAAAUUUUCAUUGAUGUUGAAAGCGUAGGGACAGGAAAAGUUGAGAUUAGUAAUGACCUGAUUUCGGUUGAGCGUCGCACACGAGUCGAAAAUACCCGUGAAUACACACCAAAUGUGAUUGAGCCAUCAUUCGGGAUUGGUCGAAUUCUCUACGCAUUACUUGAGCAUAACUAUUGGAGUCGAGGUAGCGAUGGUGGUGACGAAGCCCGCUGUAUUCUUUCAUUCCCUCCAGUCGUCGCACCUACUAAAGUACUUCUUGUUCCUCUCUCUACACAUGCGAGCUUAAAACCUCUUGUUGGAAAAAUAUCUUUAAAGCUACGCUCCCUUGGCAUAUCAUCUCGUAUCGAUGAUUCCUCUGCAUCUAUUGGUAAACGCUACAGUCGAAACGAUGAGUUAGGAACCCCACUUGGCAUUACUAUCGACUUCCAAAGUGUCAAGGACCAAACCUUCACUCUACGUGAUCGUGAUUCAACUAAGCAAGUUCGGGCCGAUGAGCAGACAGUGCUCACUGCUGUCAAAGCUCUAGUUGAAGGGGAAAAAAUGUGGAGUGAUAUUGAAAGAGAACUUCCAUCUUUUGAAGGCCAGGAAACCGACUUAGCCGAAAGCUAG